AUGCGUCUUUGCACCACCCUCGUCACUUCUAUCCUCGCCAUGAGCGUCAUUGCCAGUCCAAUUGAGGGUCAUGAUACCCAUCUUGCUCGUGGUGGAUAUCAUGAUAAAGACCACAACAAGGGCUACUACAAGGACCAUGACAAGGAUCAUGACAAGGAUCAUGACAAGGACCAUGACAAGGACCAUGACAAGGACCAUGACAAGGACCUCGACAAGGACCAUUACAAGCGUCAGGACCAGAACUACGACUGGGACCACGACAAGGAUCAUGACAAGGACCAUGACAAGGACCAUGACAAAGACCAUGACAAGGACCAUGACAAGGACCAUGACAAGGACCAUGACAAGGACCUCGACAAGGACUAUUACAAGCGUCAGGACCAGAACUACGACUGGGACCACGACAAGGAUCAUGACAAGGACCACAAGAAGGACCAUGACAAGGAUCAUGACAAGGACCAUGACAAGGACCAUGACAAGGACCUCGACAAGGACCAUUACAAGCGUCAGGACCAGAACUACGACUGGGACCACGACAAGGAUCAUGACAAGGACCACAAGAAGGACCAUGACAAGGAUCAUGACAAGGACCAUGACAAGGAUCAUGACAAGGACCAUGACAAGGACCUCGACAAGGACCAUUACAAGCGUCAGGACCAGAACUACGACUGGGACCACGACAAGGAUCAUGACAAGGACCAUGACAAGGACCAUGACAAAGACCAUGACAAGGACCAUGACAAGGACCAUGACAAGGACCAUGACAAGGACCUCGACAAGGACUAUUACAAGCGUCAGGACCAGAACUACGACUGGGACCACGACAAGGAUCAUGACAAGGACCACAAGAAGGACCAUGACAAGGAUCAUGACAAGGACCAUGACAAGGAUCAUGACAAGGACCAUGACAAGGAUCAUGACAAGGACCUCGACAAGGAUCAUGACAAGGACCACGAGCAGGACCACGACAAAGACGAGAGCAAGGAAUACAGAAUUGGCUACGAAAAUUAGUAGUGAGACUGAUCAAGAAGUGCUGUACAAUCAUCUGCUCGAAAAGCCUGGUCUGUACCUCGACUAGAUGGCUAUCUUUCUAUGGGAUGAAUUCCAGAUGCUUGCAACGGACUCCAGUACGGCGGACUAUAGGGUGGACUAUGCCAUAACCCCAAAUUCUACUAAGUGCCUUCACCGCUUCUUCUUCCGCCCUCGUGUUCAAUUGGCCUCGUGCCUAUGCAGUAG